AGUGAGUCGACGUUGGACAAGACGCUUUAUGCUCGCUAGCUAGCUAUAGUUUGGGUGUUUACUUCGAUAUCUUGUGGUUUUCACCAGCGAUUAAUAAUUCAUUUUGUGGGUUUACUUGCGUCUUAAUAUCAUGUUGGGUAGCUUGUCGAUUCGGUCUUUCAAUCGCAAUGUAAUUGCGGCAAAACCCUGUGUUGUUUUGUAUCGCUAGCUGGCUAGGACCGAAGUUACUAGCGUUGGCUAGCUGAUGCCCACUCCUCUGUGCAGGUGGCAUUAUCACAGAGAGUCUUUGAUUAACUUUAGACAUCGUGACUAUCGUAUUCGUAACAGUCUGUGACACCUAUUCAUGCUCUAAAGGAUAAUCAUUUGGAAACAUGUUUAUGCCAAGAGCACUGAAAGUGAAGAGACCAACAGACAACACAAGUCAGGUGCUUAAGAAGAAGUGCAAGCUGAGCCAGGAGGGAGAGAAGGAAGGCAGUGAUGGCACAGGACAACCCCCCAACCCCAGCCUUCAGACGUCCUCUACAGCUCCCUGUGAGAGUGAAGAGACAAACAUGAACGCUGAGACACAGGUGAAGCCUGCCUACCAGGAGACACACCUUCCAACCCUGGAACAGGGUACAGGGAGUCCUAUACGAGCACCAGAGGACCAACAGUCCUCAGAGUCCAGCCCAGAGGACAGUGAAGAAGAAGAAGAAGAGGAGCCUGUAAAAUCCUUCAGAAAGAGCCAGAGAUGGCCUGAACCGGGGGAGCCCAUCUGUGUCAUGUGUAGUCGCUUCGGGGAGUACAUCUGCGACAGCACCGACAACGAUGUGUGCAGCCUAGAGUGCAAGGCCAGUCACCUGGCUAAAAUGGGCAUGGGCACAGGGGAGGAUGCCUUUAACCGUGACGACACAGGGGAGAAGAGGACUUCACAAUGUGGACAGCCAGCUGUUGACAGAGCUGGCAAUAGUGUCGAGGACUUAUACAAGGACUAUUCCUACAAGGAAGAUGCAUUUAUCUCUGGGUUGACAGAGGAGCAAGUGCAGCGGGUAAAGCAGGAGCUGGGCAUUGUGACAGAGGGCAGGGAGGUGGGCAGGCCCAUCAUAGAGUUUGGGCAAUGUAACCUUCCCCCGACUCUCAGUACCAACCUGAAGAAGGCAGGGUAUGAGGCGCCCACCCCUGUUCAGAUGCAGAUGGUGCCCGUUGGCUUGGCUGGCAGGGACGUGAUUGCCAGUGCUGACACAGGUUCCGGGAAGACGGUGGCCUUUCUGCUGCCAGUGGUAGUGUGCGCUUUGGAGGUACAGUGAAAUACAGUUUUGUGGCAGACUGUAUUAUCACACUGAAUUAUCACACAGAACCGAACAGUGCUGGGUCUGAAAGUUCUUUUCAUGUUUACAGUGAGGGGAAAAAAGUAUUUGAUCCCCUGCUGAUUUUGUACGUUUGCACACUGACAAAGACAUGAUCAGUCUAUAAUUUUAAUGGUAGGUUUAUUUGAACAGUGAGAGACAGAAUAACAACAAAUAAAUUCAGAAAAAUGCAUGUAAAAAAUGUUAUAAAUUGAUUUGCAUUUUAAUGAGGGAAAUAAGUAUUUGACCCCUCUGCAAAACAUGACUUAGUACUUGGUGGCAAAACCCUUGUUGGCAAUCACAGAGGUCAGACAUUUCUUGUAGUUGGCCACCAGGUUUGCACACAUCUCAGGAGGGAUUUUGUUCCACUCCUCUUUGCAGAUCUUCUCCGAGUCAUUAAGGUUUCAAGACUGACGUUUGGCAACUCGAACCUUCAGCUCCCUCCACAGAUUUUCUAUGGGAUUACGGUCUGGAGACUGGCUAGGCCACUCCAGGACCUUAAUGUGCUUCUUCUUGAGCCACUCCUUUGUUGCCUUGGCCGUGUGUUUUGGGUCAUUGUCAUGCUGGAAUACCCAUCCACGACUCAUUUUCAAUGCCCUGGCUGAGGGAAGGAGGUUCUCACCCAAGAUUUGACGGUACAUGGCCCCGUCCAUCGUCCCUUUGAUGCAGUGAAGUUGUCCUGUCCCCUUAGCAGAAAAACACCCCCAAAGCAUAAUGUUUCCACCUCCAUGUUUGACGGUGGGGAUGGUGUUCUUGGGGUCAUAGGCAGCAUUCCUCCUCCUCCAAACACGGCGAGUUGAGUUGAUGCCAAAGAGCUCAAUUUUGGUCUCAUCUGACCACAACACUUUCACCCAGUUCUCCUCUGAAUCAUUCAGAUGUUCAUUGGCAAACUUCAGACGGCCCUGUAUAUGUGCUUUCUUGAGUAGGGGGACCUUGCGGGCGCUGUAGGAUUUCAGUCCUUCACGGCAUAGUGUGUUACCAAUUGUUUUUGUGGUGACUAUGGUCCCAGCUGCCUUGAGAUCAUUGACAAGAUCCUCCCAUGUAGUUCUGGGCUGAUUCCUCACCAUUCUCAUGAUCAUUGCAACUCCACAAGGUGAGAUCUUGCAUGGAGCCCCAGGCCGAGGGAGAUUGACAGUUCUUUUGUGUUUCUUCCAUUUGCGAAUAAUCGCACCAACUGUUGUCACCUUCUCACCAAGCUGCUUGGCGAUGGUCUUGUAGCCCAUUCCAGCCUUGUAUAGGUCUACAAUCUUGUCCCUGACAUCCUUGGAGAGGUCUUGGCCAUGGUGGAGAGUUUGGAAUCUGAUUGAUUGAUUGCUUCUGUAGACAGGUGUCUUUUACACAGGUAACAAGCUGAGAUUAGGAGCACUCCCUUUAAGAGUGUGCUCCUAAUCUCAGCUCGUUACCUGUAUAAAAGACACCUGUCUUUUACUUGGUCCUCUGUACUUGGUCCUCUGUAGCUCAGCUGGUAGAGCACGGCGCUUGUAACGCCAAGGUAGUGGGUUCGAUCCCCGGGACCACCCAUACACAAAAUGUAUGCACGCAUGACUGUAAGUCGCUUAGGAUAAAAGCGUCUGCUAAAUGGCUUAUUAUUAUUAUUAUUAUUAAAGACACCUGGGAGCCAGAAAUCUUUCUGAUUGAGAGGGGGUCAAAUACUUAUUUCCCUCAUUAAAAUGCAAAUCAAUUUAUAACAUUUUUGACAUGCAUUUUUCUGGAUUUUUGUUGUUGUAAUUCUGUCUCUCACUGUUCAAAUAAACCUACCAUUAACAUUAUAGAUUGAUCAUUUCUUUGUCAGUGGGCAAACGUACAAAAUCAGCUGGGGAUCAAAUACUUUUUUCCCUCACUGUACCUUUUCAGCACGGUUCCAGCAACUACGGUGGAACAUACCUACCUAGGCCAGCUCAGUACAGCUUUGUUAGGCUCGGUUGUUGUUUGAAAGCUCCUUAGUGUAUCUCUCAUGAUACUCUUUUACCUUUGAGGUAGCCUUGGUGUCAUGGUUGUGAAAAAUACUGGAAUUAUUUUUUUCACAAUAUUGAGCAACAAAGGAGGAACUUUAAAGUUGAACAAAAAGAGAAACAAAAAAAGGCACAUCAAGGUUUCUCAGAAAGGACUCUAAAACAAACACUUAAAACAGUUUGAUGUAUUGCAUCCUCACUGUUGGCACCUAUUUCAGCUAUAAGUACCUAGGCAUAAACUUUGAAAAUCCAGCACAGCUGUUAACACAAUUUGAUCCAUUCCCUCACUGGGGACCCCUUGAAGCAACAGCAAUGAGUAAUUCAUAAGCACAGGCCUAUUUAUGUUCUAUAGCUUAGCUACACUUUCAAGUGAUAGGCUAUACUAUGCAGAUACCCAUGAGAAAGUCUACAGCCAUUCAAAAACGGAUGCAAAUAGCCGGAUCUUUGUACAGUAGAAACAUGAUAAUAUUGUCUCGAUUCUAUCUAUGUGCAAAGUAUAGUUACCACUUGCCAUAAGAAACAUUAAGUGAAUGUAUACUGCUGUAUGUGGCAAAACAAGUAGACCUAACCUAUAAGCAUUUUAUGUGGCUUUGAGUGAUGUAAUACAAUGAACUAUAUAUUGGUCUGGUAGAAGCAGACUGUGGCAUCCUGAUGGUGUGAUUAUCACAAAAAUGUGAUCUAAAAACCUUAGCCAUACCCCUACCCUUAUGGAGCCUUUUCAGAAAUGAAAACCUGCAAAAUGUGUGAAAGUUACCAGAAUGCCUAAGACCAAAAAGCUCAUUUUGUUUAUAAAUAUUUUCUUCACCCCAGAGGCUAGUGGAGGGUGGUCCCGGGGGUCCGGCGGCUCUCAUCCUGACCCCCACCAGGGAGCUGGCCAUCCAGAUCGAGAGGCAGGCCAAGGAGCUGGUGAUAGGCCUACCCAACAUGAGGACUGCCCUGCUGGUGGGAGGCAUGCCCCUGCCCCCACAGCUCCACCGCCUCAAGAGCACCAUCAAGGUACAACGUUACCUGAACAUUUCUCAUGAUGCUGUACAAUAGUGUACAAUCUUACGUCAAUGUUUCAAAGAGAGUACUGGGCAAUAUUAAGUCAUUGUUAUACAGUAUGUCAAUAUUACAUUUCCAUAACCUUGCAAUGAAGGCCCUCCACAGUUUUAAUUUGUUUUUCCCUUAAUUGCCUUCUAGAUAAUAAUUGCCUUCUUAAUUGCCUUGUAGAUAAUAAUCGCCUCCUUAAUUGCCUUCUAGAUAAUAAUCGCCUUCUUAAUUGCCUUCUAGAUAAUAAUUGCUACCCCAGGACGACUUCUGGAGAUCCUAAAACAGAAGGCAGUGCAGCUGGAUGGAGUGAGGGUUGUGGUGGUUGAUGAGGUAAAUAUGCCUCCUCCUCAUAGCAUUUCAAUUAAGAACACUGUUAUGCAGGCAUUUUGAAAUAAUAAAAAAGGCACCUGCCCUUUUGUUUGACAGGGACAGUGCACAUUAAUCAACAUUUCAGUGUUCACAUCGAUGUAAAUGUGCCAGAGUUGGCAAAAGGCACACCCCCAUCCUGUGUACCAGUAAUACUAUUUCGACAUUGUUCAGCGGAAGACAAAAUCGUUUAUCCUCUUAUCAACCUUAUUUAGACUGAUUAACUCUUGUAUUUGGAGUGCAGGCGGACACCAUGCUGAAGAUGGGCUUUCAGCAGCAGGUCCUGGAGGUUCUGGAGAACAUCCCGGAGGAGCACCAGACCCUGCUAACGUCCGCCACCAUCCCUAAGGGCACAGAGCAGCUGGCGGCCCGACUGACCCAUGACCCGGUCCGUAUCGCCAUCGGGGACAAGAACCAGCCCUGCGCCAACAUCCGCCAGAUAGUGCUCUGGGUGGAGGAGCCCUCCAAGAAGAAGAAGCUCUUUGAGAUUUUAAAUGUAGGUGAUUUUCAAUUGUUUUUCUUCAGUGUACUGGGUUGUGUUCAUUAGGCAGCAAACGGAAGAAAACCGACUGAAACAGGGAGGGUCCAAUAAGAAACACUUGUUUUUGUUUUCUGUUGUAAAAUUAUUUAAAAUGUUCUCCGUUGCGUGGCCUCAUGAACACGACCCUGGUGUAAAUUACAUUUAAUGUUCAUUUGGGAAUUUGAAUUACUUAAUGAAUAACUUAAUUACUGGCAUUUUCUGUAUAGUGUUAUUAAAAACAUGCUCUGAAACUUUGGCGACUACUAAGUAUUUUUUUAAACCUCCCGCUUUGGGCUGGAUGUGUCAAUGUGUAGUUCAUACAUGCAUAAUGUAUCAGCAGAAGUACUGUCUUACCUCAAUUAGCCACAAAAUCCCUAGUUUGAAAGCGACUGUUUUUCUGGAAGCUGUGCUCCUACAUUUCCCCCCCCACGUGGGCCAGCCCCCUAGCAAUUCAAGUUCUAGCCAAUGAGCUUCAGUCCCUCUGCAUUUGAGUGACAGCUAGCAAGAUUCCAACACAGCACAUGAUGUUGUACGCAAUUUUCUGGGAACACUUUUAGCUUGUGAGUGCUACUUUCAGAACUACUGGCUAAAAAUUAUACAAAAUUAUGGAGAAUCUCUUUAGCUCUGUCAAAUGGGAAUUCCUGCAGUAGCUCCUGAAGACUAGUCUCCCACUGGACCAUAUUAAGACAGCAGUCGCUGCAGCCCUGCCCCCCUCUCCAGAGGAAAUGGAUGGGCCCUCAGCCAUGGCUUCGCUCCAGGAAACUGAGCAACGGCUCAGACCAUCUAUAUAAGGUAGGGAGCGGGAAGAGGCUGUGCUUUCACAGACCCGUUGGCGAAAUGACAUUACUGCAUAGAUCAACGUUACCAUCCAGGGGGAUGUUGACUUGUACUCCUAUAUUUUACCUGCAACCCACUGUCUAUUUUCCAACAAUUUUAAUACAGAGGGUUUUUUUCUAUUACACUGAACAAAAAUAUAAACGCAACAUGUAAAGUGUUGGUUUCAUGAGCUGAAAUAAAAGAUCCCAGAAAUGUUCCAUACGCACAAAAAGCUUAUUUCUCUAAAGGUUUGCACAAAUUUGAUCAUUCCUCCUUUGCCAAGAUAAUCCAUCCACCUGACAGCUGUGGUGUAUCAAGAAGCAGAUUUUUUUUUACAGCAUGAUCAUUACACAGGUGCACCUUGUGCUGAGGACAAUAAAAGGCCACUCUAAAAUGUGCAGUUUUGUCACACAACACAACGCCACAGAUGUCUCAAGUUUGUCUAUCGGUGUGGAAGAACUUGACUGCACUCGACAAAGCCCUGACCUCAGCCCUGACCUCAGCCCCAUCGAAAACCUUUGGGUUGAAUUGGAACGCAGACUGCGAGCCAGGCCUGAUCGCCCAACAUCAGUGCCCGACCUCACUAAUGCUCUUGUGGCUGAAUGGAAGCAAGUCCCUGCAGCAAUAUUAAUGCCCAUGAAUUUGGAAUGAGAUGUUUGACGAGCAGGCGUCCACAUACUUUUGGACAUUGUAGUGUAUUUCUGUCACGAUUGACCUGUCUUUUGUUUUUGCCCACCCAGGACGGAAAGCUGUACCAGCCUCCGGUGGUGGUGUUUGUGGACUGUAAGCUUGGGGCGGACCUACUGUGUGAGGCCGUGAAGAAGAUCAUGGGCCUCAACACGGUGGCCAUGCACUCAGACAAGACCCAGUGGGAACGCAACCGCAUCCUCAAGGUAAGGCCUGUGGCAGCCAGGUUUCAUUCAUUCGCACCAAACGGAAGAUGACAGACUGUAACAGAGAAGGAGUGCCAGGACUUGUCCAAUAAGAAACACUCAUUUUUCAUUUACAGAUUCAAAACAUUAAGAAAUGGUGGUCCUCUGUAGCUCAGCUGGUAGAGCACGGCGCUUGUAACGCCAAGGUAGUGGGUUCGAUCCCCGGGACCACCCAUACACAAAAAAAUGUAUGCACGCAUGACUGUAAGUCGCUUUGGAUAAAAGCGUCUGCUAAAUGGCAUAUUAUUAUUAUUAUUAAGAAAUGUUGUCAUUUGCGUAGGACCCUCAAGGUGUAUUCAGUGGAAUGUUCAAAGGGUUUCCCUGGCUACUGGACAGUAUUGUACCAUACACACUAGGUCUGACGGUGAGAGGAGGACCCAUUGAUCCUCUCCCUUCGUUGAGACUGACCAUCAGGUGCAGGAACCAUCAGUCCAGUAACAUAAAGAAAGCACAUUAUUUCAAUUUAUGCUCACUCCGACCUACUGCACAAACCUCAUUGCCAUAUAACUGUUUUUAAUAGGUUAAUGUUGCGUAAGUUUAAGUCAUGUUUAAAAAGAAAUCGGAGCGGUAGAUCUCGGCCUGCAUUUUGACUCGGUGUUCUCGACUCAGAAAAAUUUGGUUACCGCUGCACUAGGAUCAGUUUAGCCUUCUAAAGAUCAUAAUGAAUAAGAUGACAUGGAUCUUAGAACAGUGCUCCUACUCCGAGAUGCUUUAUGAAUACGGGCCCAGGUCUGGCUAUUAUGGCUCAAACAGAAAAGCUAGGCAAAGGCAGUUUACUUCCAUAAAGAGUAUUAUACCGUUAAGCUGUUUCAUACCCCCUCCUCAGGGUCUACUUGAAGGGGACUUUGAAGUGGUGGUCAGCACUGGCGUACUGGGCAGAGGGCUCGACCUGGUCAACGUCAAAUUGGUGGUCAACUUUGACAUGCCAUCCAACAUGGAUGAGUAUGUUCAUCAGGUGGGUAAAUUUGCUAUUGUUGUGCAUGGGAAAAUCUGAUGUGCUUUUGUCUGUGACAAUACCAUCUUGCAUCUUGGCGGGAGCAUCUGGCAAAUAAUAUUUUCUGUUUAGUAUUGUGUACAAUUGGAUGAAGGUGGGGGGGGUGGGGGGGAUUUGCCACUCAUUCUGGGGUGACUUUUACACUCCUUCCUCCCAGGUGGGCAGAGCAGGCAGACUGGGCCACCGGGGCACAGCCAUCACGUUUGUCAACAACGACAACAAGCGUCUGUUCCUGGAGGUGGUGAACCGGGUGAAGCCCACAGGUUCCCAGCUGCCCCCCCAGCUUCUCAACUCCCCCCACCUCCAUGAGCAGCAGAGGAGGGACAAACAGAAAGCCAAGCAAAGAGGGGAGGAUGAUGUCAUGGUCACCAAGACCAACCUCCUCGACAUCAUCCGGAAACACAACAGGAGCUCAAAGAGAUAGACAGAUGCACUUGUUAUUAUGCUACUUUGUGUUUGUGUGUAUAUCUGAGUAAUUUGUCAAUUUUGAAUAAAAUUUUAUGAACAUGAUUGAGUUGUAAUUUCGAUUUUACGGUUUUAUAAAGAUGUGAAUUUAGGAAAUACUGCCAUCUGCCUGUCAAACACAGGUUUGGCAUGUUUUGGAUUUUUUGCUGUGGACGGUGACGUAAUUAUCUGUCUAGCCAAUAGCAGAUCGCUGAUAGGAGUUUGAAAUCGACGCGGGGCGGAAGAGAAGUCAACCAAGACUGAAAUGGUAAACAAACCCACAAAAAACUGAGUUGAAUCUUUGCUGUUUUGAGGAGUAGGUAGCUGGCAAAUAUAAUUAAAUGUCCGAAUUAUAUUAACUUUUAAGAAGUAAAC